GAGAACUGGAGCGAAAUGUCCCAACCAAGCACCAGCGAAGAGAUUCGUGCUUGUGCUGUUGUGUGCAAGGAGGUCCAUGUGUCUGAGUGAGAGCACCUUCCUGCAUGUCUUUAAGUCAGAGGUGGCAUCCAUCACAGUACCUCGUUAGAAGACACUGAACCCUUCAGAAUGACCCAGAUGUUUGCAAAUGGAGACUGCAUGGCUAGUAGGGGAUCAUGGGAGGCCAAAAACAUACUUGGAAUCGAAACUCGAUUAGUUGCCCAGCACUACUCAGCAUCCAGACCCAGGGUGGGGUUUGAGGUUGACCGUCUAAUGGAUUUGUCAGCGCUUUGCCUCAACCAUCUGGCACCCCUAAACUCUCCAGGUCCAACCAUGACGUCACGGUGGUGCUACUUAAUCCUGUUAGCCCGAGUCAGCCGCUGUGGCAAUCUCAGCAGAUCUGUGCUGGCUUUGCCGCACUCUGGACCUCUACACCAACGGCAUGCAGAACCUCUUGUAGACACGCAGGAUGUUUAACUGGGUGGUGAAAGUGGUCCCCCAGCCCCCUGAAGCUCCUGGGACGGAGGAAAAUGCUAAAGCCCCCGUUGCUAACCAUAUCAAAAACAAAGAUGCAAAAAACACAGAUGAAGGUUCAGAGGACAGUCAAACCCAGACUGGAGUUUUAGGUUGGCUGUCUAAUGGGUUUGUCAGCGCUUUGCCUCAGCCAACUGGCACACCUCGACUCUCCAGGUCCAACUCUGAUGCCUCGGGGGAGGGUGGAGAAAGGCCCGGGGUGAUUGGCUGGGUCUCUCAGGGUUUGAACAAGAUGUUACCUCAGCCUGAUGACAAAUACAAAGAAGUAGACAACGAGGAACACACCGAGAUAUAUGAUGUGGAAACAAUGCCAGAUUACGAUCCCCUCCCACACAUCCCUGUGGUGGAGAUGCACUCAGACGAUGAGGACGACAUAGAGGAUCUGACCCCUAAAUUCCCCAAUGUGGUGAACUGGAUAAGACAGAUGGUUCCUCAGCCACAAAUGCUGCCCCCUGGUGCCGUACCUAUAGAACCAUCAAACAAGGCAACCAAGUCGACACGCUCCUCCCUGGACAAAAUUUUUUCUCCACCGCCUGAAUCACUCAGUGGAAUCUCACUGGAUACUGACAGCAAAUCCUCAGGUGUGGUUGGCUGGUUCGUCUCCGGAUUUGGCCUGAAGUUGCCUCAGCCUGCACUUCCCGCUAAAGAUGAGCCUCAGGGUGCAGCUGAAAUCCUCCAAAAAGUUUCAUCCAAACUUAAACCUGACAUGGUGCUGGAAGACGUGGAUUCAGACAACGAGGGCCAGCAGACUUGUACAGAUCAUACCAGAAACAACAGAAAUCUUCAAUCAAAUAACCAGGAAACCCAGUACCAAUCAAUUCCCAGUUCCAAUGCUGUUCCAAUAUCACAGCCAUCACAGAUUGUGUCAAAAAAUGCUCGAGAAGACGCAGAGACCCAGACUGGUCGAUGGACGCCGUUUAUCCAAAGCAUCAAAAAGGAAGCUGAAGAUGUGGCUAUGGCUACCAUGGAGGAACGCCUGUUACUGGAGCGUAUGGAGUUUGCCCGUAUGGCUGAAGAAGUGGCCAGGCAGACAGCUGAGAUGGCCAUCAGACAGAUGGCCAGUGAGGCACAGUCCAUCAAACUCUCACUGGGAAGUCAAGAACUGCUGGAUGAGCCUGAAGUCGAACUGCCAGUGACACCAGAAGAGGAGAGUGAAGAGGAGCACAUAAAAAUCACAGAAGAGGAACAGAGCUUAGCUGAGGAGGAGCAGCAGGAAAAGUCAGAGGAGCCUAUCAUCAGUGAAACAGGUCAUUUUUUAAAUUUUACUUCUCAUCCUGAACCAGUUAUAGCCCCUGAGCUGAAGGCUAAACCAGAACGGGAACCAGAACCAGAAACCAACAACAAGGAAGCUAAUGCAGAGGCUGAGCCUGUAACCCAGCAGCCAAAGAAAGCCAAGGCAGAUGGUCAAAGCCCAGACUCCGACAAAGCUAGUGAAAAAGACGGGGAAGCUACUGAGGAGGGCUGUGGUGCUGGUGCUCCGGUCAGCUGUGAUGCAUUCAAGAGCUGCCUGAUGCGCAUUCCUCACACCUCUGAGUGCCUAGGCAACAUCAACGCAUACUUCAAAGAGAACGGCAUCUCUGCCCCCAAAAUACCCCCCAUGCCUGAGCUACCUAGACAACUUUCUGACGUUACCAAGCACUUACCCAGUCUCCCCUCUCUGCCCCCUGAAUUGCGCCAAGAGUUGUCCCAGAUACGACUCACACAGGUCCCCCGCAAUAUCGCCCAGACUCUAACAGAGCUCAUGCCCAAGAACCCAGACGAAGAUCUCCCAGGCCCAAACCAGAACGCAGCAGUACUUCAGCAACAUACAGAACCGCCUUAA